AUGGCGCCCACGACAAUCGACUCGCUCCCUAACGAGCUUCUAAACCAUAUUGUGGUUCAGCUGGUAGGCUGCGAUCCACGCACCGACCCCUGUGCAUACGUAUACCGUCGUGUUCCAAGCGCACUCUGCCUGGUGAGCCGCCGCUGGAAGCAGGUCGUGACGCCUUUCCUGUACGCCAAUUUUCACUACGAUGGUCACCCGACAAAGAUAGAGUCUCUCUGGCUCUUUGCGCGAACCGUUGUAACCCGUCCCGCCCUCGCACGACUUGUCCGUCAGUUGGAUCUCACUACCAAGGGAUUCCAACACCCUCACGGAUUUCCGGAUUCAGUGGCCUUUCUCCGCCACCUCAGGGACCUCUACACUACCAACCAGGAAUCAAUCAAGCGUGCCUAUAAACAGGUCGGCUGGGACAGGCCGUACGUCCAGAACCCCUUCUUCACCCAUUGCCGGGACGCCCUGGAAGCAAGCGGUGAACUCCCCGACCUUUCCAGCGAGGUCACCCUCGAAGCCUACGCCAAACGCAGUCUAUUUGAUCAUUACAACCUGGACUAUAACAAUCUGGACCUCGAUGAGAGCCAGAUAUUGGCGGUCGAGAGCACAUUCAAACAGGGCUACCUGGCGCCUCUAUACGCUAUCGUCCACGCUCACUGCCCGGACCUUGUCCGCACCCACGCACACCUUGCGCCCACCGAUGUCUUCCACGCUGACAUUAUCUGCUGGUCGGGAUUCGGUGCCACCGACGCGAAUCGUCCGCAAGCCAUUGCGUUCCAGAAACUCGAGAGCAUCUCGAUCAAGCCCGCGAUUUCGGUCGACGCCAACGGGAGAGCCAGAUCAGCAGAGCAGAUCGGGCCAUGCGAGAUCACCUUGCAAAACUGCUAUUACCGACUGCCCAAGCUCAAGGAGCUCUUCAUGAUGCCCGCGCGCGUCCGGAUCGGGUCCAACGAGCCCUGGCCGAUUAGUCACGACAGCCCGAUCCAGAAACUCACCCUGCAAAUCCACCAGGACGAGCGCUUCGACUACGCGAUUUUCUUCUCCAUGCUCAAGAACCUGCGGCAGCUCUCGCUGGUCCUCCCGCGCCGCGACGCAUAUGAGCACGGGCUCCUCCUCCACCACAAGCUCUGGAAGGUCCUUUCUCACCUCCAGGAUACCCUCGAGUACCUCGACAUCUACCAAGGCGACUUCAUCUCACGUCCCGGCGGACCACUCAUCCUCAACCCCGCGGCCGCCGCAGCAGACACGGCAGACACGGCAGACACAGCGGCAAACACAAACGCAGAAGCACAGAAAGACCCAACCUUCUGCGCGCCCUUUGCAAAGUUCGACAAACUCAAAUACCUCGCGACAACGCCCCUGAUUCUCCACGGGAACGAAUGCCCGCAUUACCACGGCACAAAGCUCGCGUCGCACCUGCCCCCCAACCUCAUCUCGCUCGCCCUGUACACAGAAAACAACUCGAUCGAGCGUGACGCGAUCUUCCCGCUCGACACGGAGGAAAGAAACCUCAUCGCCGAAGCCGCCUCGCUCGGCAUCCGCGCUAUAACCCUCGACUCGGACAUCAACGGGCCGUUCCCGAUCGACGCCUUCGUCGAGGAGGCCGAGCGGCACCCGCAUUUGAGUUUCCAGUACGAUGAGCCGCACCGGCUGCUCUUUGGUGGCGACCAGGCGCCGUUUAACGAUUACUCGCGGCCGAGGUUUCGUGUUGAGGCGGUGCGCGCGAAGCGGAACAUGACGGAUAUUCCGAAGAUCGUCCCGAGGGGGAUCGAGGUGUUUGGGUGGAGGGGGGAGUUGGAGUAUGGGCGGAAGAGGGGGAGGAGGAGUAUGGAGGGGAUGUACGGGAGGGCGAUGAAGAGGGCGAGGAGGGAUAGUUAG